GAUCGGUCCAAUCACCGGAGAAGGGGAACUUGGAGCGAAGCAUAAAUACAAAUAAGAAAAAAAUAAAAAACGAAAAUACAAAUUAAUAAAUAAAACCAGCAUUGGCAACGAGAUCGAUAGCCACGAGCCAUGUUACGUCGCGGCGAAUCGGGCUUCGCAUCAGCCCUGAUCUUGUCGAGCCUCUGUCUGGGCCUAUGUCGGGGAUACUACAGUCUGGAGGUGGGUGACCCCUGUCCCACGGUGAGCUACCGCAGUCGCUGCCAGGCUCUGGAGGAUUGCGAGACUCUAUCCUCACAUCUCCGAGAGGGUAGGCUAACCAUCAAGACCGUGAUGAACUGCGGCUACACCAGCCGCAGCGAGAAGAUCUGCUGUCCCGUGGAGGAUGCCGUCACUCCAGUGCGCAUUGAUUCCUCCGAUCCAUCCAGCACGACUACCACUACAACCAGCUCAACCACAACCACGACGACAACAAGUAGCACCACCACAACAACUACUACGCCUGCUCCAGCUCCUGAUCCUGCUGACAAUAGCGACGAUUGGUUGUCCAUCUUCCAAACCGACCACGAGUAUGUCCAAGGCUCCAAGACACCCAUUCCGCUGCGACCGACGCGGGACAGUGCCACCUUCCGGGAUACCUCCGAGGGAGCAGAGUGCAUUGCCCCACUGUACAAGGGUCAGUGCCGCGGUGUGUCCGCCUGCCCCACUGUGGACACGCUGCUGUUGCAGGGCCGCCUGGUGGACGAGGAUGUGACGACAUGCCGUGAUGGAACCCAUGAGGAGAUCAUCUGCUGUCCCCUUAAUCUGCCGCUGGCACCGCGUGUCCAAAGCGAACCGAGACUGGGAUUACCUGAUGAUUCUACGGCGGGCAAAUCACAGCCGGAUCCCCAGGAGGCGGCCGCCAUUGCCCGGGCGGAUGCAUUGUUGCCUCACUACCGUCACCUGGCCGCUUUGGCUCAUCCGAAUGCCGCCUUCGAUGGUCACCUGCAUCACUGCUCCGCCAUGGUGCUGACCCCACAGCUCUUGCUCAGUGCCGCCGGAUGCCAGCGACCCAGUCAUGCGGUUUUCGGGGUGGCUGAUAUGAGGGAUGUGGACGUAGAUGAGGAUUAUUUAGCGGACAUUGUGCGUCUGGCUCAAUUCCAAAAGGAUCUGGCCCUCAUCCGUCUGCAGGAUCCCUUGAAUUUGGGUCGGGAGAGCUCGGCCAAUGUAAGCGUGGCUCCCAUUUGCAGCCAGUUCGAGCUGACGCGGCUCCAGGUGAGCGGCAGCCUGGUGGCCGUGGCCUGGGGCAAGGGUGAAGCCUCGGACUGCCCUCUCUACGAACUGCCCAUGCAACUGCGUCCCAACUGGGCCUGCGAGGAUUUGCCCAACUAUGGAGGCGUGAAGGAGCUGGGCAGCAUACACCUCUGCCUGUCGCCGGAGGGCGGUGAGCUAGCACUGCAGCGCUUCUCCAAUGAGACCACCUGCGUCCCAUGUCCCUCCUCGGUGGGCAGUGUGCUCCAUUUGGUGCGGCCCGGAGGCAGCCGCUGCGUUCUGGGCAUUGCCACGCCCACGGGCGCUGACUGCGAGAGCCGGGUUAUGUACUUUACCAGCCUCCUGAGUCCACAGUUCAGGCGAUUUGUGGAGCAGGAGCAGCGGAAUUAGGAUAUAGCCAGAGCCUCGCCUAAAUGUAGUCAUAUAGAUUAAGUUAGGAACCAUAGGAUAGGGUAAGUUAGCGAAGGAAGAGAAGCAAAGCCUAGCUUAAGCUUGAACAGCAGGGUCAUACUGGCAGGAUAUGAACACCAGGACAUGGCCACACUGGCCUGUCUGACUGUACUUUUCCAGCCAGUUGAAGAGAAAGAGAGAGAGAGAGAUACCAAUGUAAAACGUUGCAUGCCAAAAUACUGUCAACCUCAAUGUUAGUUUUAAAUUAUUUACAUAUAAGAAAAGAAGAUUUUUUAAGUUUGCAAGAAAUAUAUACUGAUGAGCCUUAUAAGCAAUGAA